GUAUGAUCCCUCUCUCCGUCCUCUAAAUCCCAAUUAUGAUCCAGCUUCUGCUAAAAUCAUCCUUAACAAUGGACACUCCACCAGUGUUGAGUUUGAUGACACUGUCAACAAAUCAGGUUCAUUCCAACCGAAUCGCUCAAGUCUCUUAUCUGACUUUAGCUGCAGGUUUGGUUAUAUAUUUUUCCCCUUUUUGCAGUCCAUACCUGGACUUUUUGUGUCAGGAAGGAAUCAAUACAGAACAAAUUAAAUAUAUCCCAAGUGAUUCAUUGUCUUCUCUGAAAAGUGUUAUUGUUCUAGUCUUUUCUGAGAGUAUGUAGUUUCCCUUUUUGCAAGAAGUAAUUCUUAUUUAGAAGUUCUCUGGUUUUGCAUAGCCUUUGUAAUGUUAGUGCCUUCAUCUUUAAAACUUUCUCUUGGAUGCUAGGCAAGCUAGCACACCUUGCCUUGAAACUGGAGGAGUGCAGUUUCUACAAGCAAUGAAAUCCUGUUGUGCUUGCGUGAGGCUUAGUUGAGGAUCCAAGCCCAUGUUGUGCAUUCACAAGGGUUAGAGCCAGAGGCGAACUGGUUUGCGAUCACCCUAUCCAUUAGUCCUGAGGAACUAUUGACUUACAGUGGCAUCAGAGAGAGACCUAGAUGGAGACAACAUCAUACUUCGCUUUCCCAAACAGUCUUAGUUUAAUUCUUAAAUUUCCUGUUAAUACAAGCAACAUUGGAUGUUGCCUGAAAGCCAUCAGCUGACCGUCAGUGAUCUGAUCUGACCUCGUGUGUGUCAGAUGCCAUCUCUGCUUCAAGCCUAGUAGGCGUGGCUGAACUAAAGCACAUCUCUUAGAAAACCAUACAAUCUUGAUUUCAAAAUUUCCAGCGAUGAUGAACCUACCACAGCCUUUGUGCUGACCGGGGGGCCACUCAGCGGGACCUACAGGCUGCGCCAGAUUCACUUCCAUUGGGGGUCCAAUGACGAAGCCGGCUCUGAGCAUGCGGUCGAUGGGAUGAAGUACGCAGCAGAGGAACCAGGUGAGAUGGAAUAUAAAGAAUUAAUAGAGGUGCUUUAAAACCAUUAAGUACCAAAACCAAAUUUCUAGCUGAGAAAAUAUAUAUAUGUUUCCCAUCUAAGAAACCAAAUGGAAGGCGAAAAUAUCUCUGAAUUUCUAGCCAGUCUAAAAACCUUUCCGUUACCUGUUGGUUGGGUAACCCUCCACAAGAAGCUCUCUAGAUGACUCUUUGGCUUUGGGAUAAGAAACCCAGAAUUAAGAUCAAGGCUUCUGAGCACUGGUCAUACAAAAGAAAAUACCUCAGAAGGAAACACGAAGAUGGUUUCAGUGCUCACCUUCAUAAGGAAGAUGUGUAAGAUUGAAAAAAAAAAAAAAAGCAUCAACCAAGUUGAAGAAAGAAUUAGUGUACAGGUAAAGAAGACUGCAAGGUUCAGACCCUAAUCCCACCAGGAAGCAGAAGGGAUCCAUGGCUCCAUUCUUUGUGACAACGUAUGGUCUGAUCAAGGUCUCUUCACAAGCUGCAGUGACAGAGCGGUGUUUGGCAGACGGACCAUUGCUCAAGGCUGGGAUGACCUGGUGCUUCCCGGGAACCAGAAGCUCCUGCUGUAGAGUGUGGCCAGGAUUUAGGAAACCUGGCUUAGCAGGAGGGACUGAGGUGGUAUGAGGGUAGACAUCACUGGCUUUUCCUCUCCCCACCUGGCUAAGUGGUGUCUUUGAGCUUAAGCAACUACCACAGGACAGUUCCAGAAUAAUGCAUGUUGGAAAUGCAGAUGCUCAAACCUGAGAUAAUCAAGCUGCUUCUUCAUGUGGUCCACUGGAACGCAGAAAAGUAUUCCAGUUUUGUUGAGGCAGCUCGUCAGUCAGAUGGAUUAGCAGUCAUGGCUGUAUUUCUGAAGAUUGGUGAGUGCAACCCUCAGCUGAAGAAGAUUACUGACCGCUUGGACACCAUCAGAAUCAAGGGUAAAAGAGCUCUAUUCACAAACUUCGAUCCUAGCUGUCUGCUUCCCAAGUCCCUGGACUACUGGACUUACUUUGGGUCUCUCACUGUUCCACCUCUUCUUGAGAGUGUCAUCUGGAUUGUUCUGAGAGAGCCCAUAAGUGUUUGUUCUGAACAGCUAGCCAAAUUCCGCAGCCUCCUGAGCACUGCUGAAGAUGAGGUUGCCUGCUGCUUGCUGAGAAACUACCGGCCUCCCCAGCCUUUAAAGGGACGAGAAGUCAGAAGGAAUUAAAGCAGUAAAGCCUGAGUAGUCUCCCUCUGAAACCAAAGGCUGAAUUAAUUUUAAUAGUUAAUAUACUUUGUGAUUUUUUAGGUUGGGUUUUUGGUUUUUUUGGUGAGUUGUUUUAACAAAUAAGUGUUGUUUGAUUACUGGUUACCAUGCAGUCAUUUCUCAAACACAAGUAUGUCCUGAGUUGUUGCAGGUUCAUCAAUAUUAACAGGUCUGACUGUGUUUAGGUGUGUUUGUUUGGGAGCAUUGAAGCAUUAGCAUUGCAUGCACAGAGGGCAAUGCUAAUAGUAAGGGACAGAUGUAGUGAAGGAGUUGUCCAGAAUCUGCCACCAAAUUACUGAACAGGAUCCCUGAUAUUAAUGGCAGUAAAAAAAUGUUCUGGGAUUAUUCUUCGGGUCUCUAACAUAACAUUUAGCUUCUGUAUAUGACUUCACACUGUAAUUCUCAAAAAAAAAAAUUUCAAGGCUGAUAUAAUUCAUUGCUGACUUCUUCAAUACCGUGUUUACCUUCCCACAAAAAGCAAUAAUGACUAACAGCAUUUAAGCAAAACAUAUUUAUGUGAUUCUGUUACUCUGACUGCUGCAUAACAGUAACGAUGUACUGAUUGAUAUUUUUUUCUGAAAAAAGCAAAUAGUAAAGAUUUUGUGUAUUGCAGGAUCACAUCAGGUGGAUUAGGUAUUCCUGAAUUCCACCACGUAUAGUGAUGAAAUUGUCCUGAAACCUGAAAAUUGCAAGGUGGAAGGUCAUAGAGGGAACUAUUCAUUCCUAAAUCCAGUCUGUUGCAUUUGGUGAACAAUAAGGGACUGUAACACUAUAUCCAUGUAGCAUCAGACUCCUACCACUUAAAAUCAGAGGGCAGGGGUAGCUGUUGCUCCAGUCCAUCUCAUACUAGACAUGUUGCACGCUGCAGUGUGAAACACAUGCUGCAUACCUCACAUCUUGCAGUGGAGCAGAGCACUACUCAGGUAUGUAAUGUCUCCUACGUACUGGCUGAUGUUCUGCUGUCAUAGCUGAACUUGGGUGGUUGCACUUCUAUUUCAAGACCAAAGAUAGCAGUUAGAGCAAGCCAAAGAAAUCAGAAUCAAGUCAAUGUCUAAUAAAAGAUCAACCCUCAACAGCGACAUGUUGAAAUGUCUGUCUUUAUGAAUUGACUUGAGCCUGUGUUUCUCUCAGGAGCUUUUGUUAUCUGAAUAUAAUUGCUUUACACCAAAUUUAUUUUUAUUAUUUUUAAUGAACUUGCCAUAGGAUGUAGUUUAGUAUAGUAUUAGAUUUACCCUCAGACUGUGAGAACUACAUAGCAAAAACCAGUGAUACCUGAAAGAGGCAGGUAGAGUUUUCAUUUGUAGUAACUACCACCAAACUCAGUAGUACUUCUAACAUGACUUCCAUGACUGCUUUCCAUGAAUUUGAUUUUUUUAUAGGUUAUAUAGGCUGUGCCUUUUACCUCAACAAGUCUUUUGAUCUUAGAUGGACAAACACGAGGGAAAUCACAAUCAGGAUUGACUUUAUAUGCCUUCUUAUAACUGAAUAAAUUAGACAUAGAGCCAUAGAUAUUUUAGCUGAGUUUAAGAUAGGUGGAUUUUUUUUUGUUUUCUCCUCCCCAGAAUAGAGCUACAAUUGCUGCAAGGCCUCUUGAUGCCUUCUGAAUGUUUUCUGAAGGAAAGAACACAAAUAGACCAUGGGAGAAAUAAAAGACAUUUGUCAGUGGCAGCAGGUACAAGUAUUAACCACGGGGGAAAGACCUGCAGGCACUUUUUGUUUUCUGGCAUAGUGAGAGGAAUGCGGCUGAAAAGACCUCAGAUUGGUUCUUUCUGAAUGAGGACAUCUGGAAAGUGUGUGUGGAGAGAGCAGGAAUGUGUUGCGUGUUUUUACACCCUUUUUUAGACUUAGUGUUGGUUCUGAUAUGUUUCCCUGUCACAUGAGUAGCUGCAGAACAUGAACAAAAUGUUUACAAAUUGCAUGAGGGUUAUAAAGUUUGUUUGCCUCAGAAGAGAAAGUAAUAAGGCUACUGCUUCAUAUCAGAAACAAAAGUUUUACAUGUUUUUUACAUAUUGAAAACAGUGGAGUUGAUCCAGUGCUUUGGUAUUUAUAAGGAUUUUAUCAAAAUAAAAAAUCAAUUUUA